AUGGAAGCCCUUGAAGAUCUCGUUGAGCAAUCUGAUAGGCUCCUUAUUGAAAUACAGGGAGAUACUGAUCUUCCUCUAAUCACCCGUAGCCUUGACCAAAUGGGUGCUUUCAGCGAAAGGCUAUGUGCAACACGUGGUGUAAGAAGCGAUGUCAAAGCUGCGCGUCUUCUUGGUCCUACAAUCAACUACGAUUUGCCAAAUACGUUAGCUGCCAAAUUAGAAUCUCUUUCUCAGAUUAAAGAAAUCGACUUCAAGAAACCUAAGGUGGACAUGGAUAUACACACAUUUUUGAGAUGUGAACGAGAUAAUAUUCUCUUUACUGCUAGUGAACAGGCUAAGAGGUCUGUAUUCGAGGAGGUAGAUGCAAUCUGUCGUAGAUCUACUUCCUCUUGGUGGGAUCGUCAAGCGGCCGCAAUUUUAACAGCUCUUGCGAGUUCUUCUGGUCCCAUCGAUUCUGCUAUAUUCCAAUCUCUUCCUGCAGCAGUUACACCCGAAACCGGUCGAGAAUUUCUUUCUCGAUGCACUUCUCUCGAUUUCGCUGCUGAUCCACAGUCUUCUAUUCUCAAGGAAGAAUUGUACUACGCAAAUCAAAUUGAUAAAUAUCUAGGAGAUACUCUGAGUCCUACCCAAACUGUUUAUCUGCGCCAAAUGACCUCUGGAUCUAGUGCUCUUAAUCGGCAACCCCUUUUCGAUUAUCUGUACAAUUCUCAGAAUGCCCAAUCGAUUUUCUUUGAUGAAUCGAAACAGAAUGAUUUCUAUGAGGUCUUUCGUCUUAUUAAGAGAAUGUUUACCGCUUCUGCACUAUGUGUGGAUGAUGUGGGAUCUUCUGAAACGCCGCUCGUCGAUUUGCCUCUUCCUAAUACCCAUGAAAAGGCUCUUGAAGCGCGUACCUGCUCUGGUCUCCAAGUUGCCUUUUUGAGUCGAGCUGUUGCUCAUCUAGAGGCUGAGUUUGUCACCUAUUUGCAGUCCGUAGUUGCUGCGAAUCCAAGGAUUGCUCAGCUUGGUGGUCGACCAGGGGUUAGGGCUCUUGUUAGAGCUUAUCUCAACACAAAGAAUCCUGUUAUGCAAGUGUCAGGGGACGGUGAUUUUAACGAAUUUGUGGAUUGUCAAGAUGGAAUUGUGGACGGUAAACCAGUUUGGCCCAUGAUAUACUAUUGCCUUCGAUGUGGUGCCUUGUCAGAUGCUGUCAGUGUUGCCUCUGAUGGAGCCAAUAAUCUUGGAGAUUUUGUCCAGACUUUGACCACCUAUGUGAACGAGGGAAGAAAUCUGCCUCCACGAAUGCUCGCCAGUGUCCGUAAGGCCUAUCGUCGGGUUGUUAAGAGUUCUCGUGAUCCUUACAAAAGGCUGGUUUUCUGUCUCCUUGGUCGCUGUGACUUAGCUGAUGCCCACACCGAGGUUUGUCAGAAUAUUGACGAUUUCUUGUGGCUUCGACUCUCUCAAAUCUCUACCAACGAGGAUGUUCUUGAUAGACACGAUGAUAUCGAAACUCUCACGCUGGGCCAACUGCAAAAUCUUCUUUAUGAAACCUAUGGUGAGGCUUGA